AUGGUUUUGGCGGACAUGGGCUCCGAGGUCGAUGCUCCAGCUCCACACCCAUCAUUUAUCCAUUCAGGAAAGGAUAAGGAUCUGUCGGUGUUCCAUCUGAAGAUUCCUCGGAAACAUACCGAGUUGAUUUCGUCGCUGAGCGACGAGGAGUCUUCUGGAAACGCUGCCACCACAGCCAGCAUCGAUUCACUGAAAUCAAAAUCAAAGACCAUUUUGCCACCCACAAUUAAGGUCAAGCUGUCCCAAAUCGCCGACCUAGAGGAAGUUCCUCAUGGAAUUCAACGCCAGGCGAAAACAAUUGAAGAUUACCAGUUCCCCACACAUCGGUUAGCCACAAAACUCCUGGACGAUACCAAAUAUCCGCUUGUUGUGGUGGCGUGCGGAUCAUUUUCCCCCAUCACGUAUUUGCACUUAAGAAUGUUUGAAAUGGCACUUGAUUCUAUCACGGAACUGACCCGAUUUGAGGUUGUGGGCGGCUUCUACUCCCCAGUUUCCGACAAUUACAAAAAACAGGGGUUGGCGCCUUCUCACCACCGUGUGCGCAUGUGCGAAUUGGCAUGUGAGCGUACAUCGUCAUGGCUCAUGGUGGAUGCAUGGGAGCUGUUGCAGCCAAAGUACACUCGCACGGCGCUAGUAUUGGACCAUUUCAACGAGGAGAUCAACAUCAAACGCGGAGGCAUCCAGACACAGCUGGGCGAGCGUCGUGGCGUCAAGAUAAUGCUCUUGGCAGGAGGUGAUUUGAUCGAGUCCAUGGGCGAGCCCGAUGUGUGGGCAGAUCAGGACUUGCACCACAUUUUGGGUCGUUACGGCUGUCUUAUUGUAGAACGCACCGGCGCUGAUGUGUGGAGUUUCUUGUUGAGUCAUGACAUUAUGUAUGAGCACCGUCGCAAUGUCUUGGUGAUCAAACAGCUAAUCUAUAACGAUAUUUCUUCCACCAAGAUUCGGUUGUUCAUUCGGCGUGGUAUGUCAGUCCAGUACCUUUUGCCAAACUCCGUGAUCCGCUACAUUCAGGAACAUCGACUCUACGUCAAUGAUACUGAGCCAGUCAAACAAGUUAUGAACGACAAGGGCGACUAA